UUCAAUUUUUAUUAAUUGUUUUUUUAUGUUUUUAUAUAUUUGGGCGCAAUGUCCAAUCCGAUCCUGUCUCUGGGUUUCUGACGUCACAGGGAAGAACUUCUUGUGAUAUUAGAAACGCAGCGGCGGGAAAAAUCACUUUUCAUCUUUUCCCGGUGAAGUAAGGUAGGUUUGAUCUUUCUUAAAAAUGCUAACUUACACACAUAUGACCGUAUUCGUAAAAAUCUGUUUUAAAAAAUAAUAAUAAUUAGGAUUUUUAAGGGGCAUUAGCAUUACAAAGAGAAAAUAGCUUUUUUUUCUCCUGUAUUAAUGAAGUUUUUUGGCUAGUUUACUUUUCUGUGGGUUAGGUACAGCUCAUAGGUUAAAAGCUUUUCUUUUUCCUUUCUUCCCUGGCAAUGACCUGUUAAACAAGUCAAUAGGUGUAUGUAACAGUAUUCGGUUAUGUGCUGGUGUCUUGUAAAAAGUCUUGAGGCUUAUUUGUGUUUCUAUUCCAAUUUUAGGAUGGCAUUAAGACAAGUGCUGUGGGAAAAGGCCCCUGAGCCAUAUGCGAAGCCCCCUCCGCUGCACUUGCGUGUGAUAGACAUCUGUGAUAUGGUCCGAGUCCUGUCCUGGGAUUUUGUGAAAGGCCAGGCCAUACCAAAAAUGAGUAAAAAUAACACCGUUGUGGCUGUCACCGAUGGCACUACGGUAACAAAAAUAACUCUCUUCGAAGAGUACCGGCACAAAAUGGCAGUAGGCAAAACUUAUUAUGUGAAAAACUAUGGGGUGAGGGGAACCAGCCCCCCCUAUCACAUCUUAAUUUUGAAAGAGACAAUGUUCUAUAGGAGCUCACCUGUCGCUCUCACCGAUGAGCUUGUUGAGGAGGGCAAAAAGCUCCUCAACCCUAAGUCCGUACUGACCCCAACCUCUGAGGCAUCAAGAGGAAGGGGCUUCAUUACGCUGGAGGGCUCUGUUCUAGAGUUUACAGAAAUUAAGGAGGUUACUGUUGGGAGAGAGCACGUGCCAAUGAGGACAGUAAAGAUCCAACAGGGCACUGACACAGCAACAGUGAGCCUCUGGAGGGAGGCAGCAACAUUUCCGUUGCAAUGUGGACUCCUAAUUCGGAUAAGCCAUCUAAGACACAGCACCAUCUAUCUACAAACAACCAACUUUACGAAGAUUGAGAUGGUGGAGGAAGACAAAGUAACUCUCACUGGUAAGGUCGAGGGGGUUUCGAGUUGCCAGGAGGAUGACAACCUAAACAUCGACUUGUCAGAUGGAAGUGAGUUAGUAAUUGCAAAGGCGUUAUGGGAGCCAUUGGAAGAGCAGUUUGAAAAAGGUGACCUGUUUGUGACCGUGGAGAGGGUUGGAACAAGGGUCACAGCUGUAAAGGCUGCUGAGAAAAAAAAAUAGUUUAGUUUCAGUGAGCUGUAUUUCUUUUUUUUAUUUGUUCGUUCAAUCAUUCAUUCAUUCAUUCGCUCAUUCAUUCCGUUCAUUACAUUCAUUGUUCCAUUCGCAAAUUUAUCUUCAUUAAUUGAACAUUGUUGUUAGUUAGGGUUGUUUAGUUUGAUUUAUUUAAUUUAUUUUUCUAACCGCCAAGCA